AUGACUGCAGACGUGGUGGUGUCUCUGUCGAUGCUGGCGGGGAUCGUCGCGCUGAGCGAGGCGGCCCGCAGGUUAUUGACCAGGGCCCUCGCGGACACCGGGCUCUCUGUGUACGCAGUGGAGCUCGUGUCCACCUUCCAGCUAUGCUGCUGCACUCGUGAGCUAAAGCUGCUGUCCGAGAUGGGCGGUAUCGAGCCUCAAAUCGCGCUCACCCUGACGUACCUGGCGUCCGUGGUCCACGGGCUCACCUUCAGCGGGGCCAUCGGCAACCCCUCCGGUGCGCUCGAACACGCCUACCACUCAAAGUUCUCAUGCGGGUGCGCCCUGCGGCGGAUCGCAUGCCAAUUUGUUGCAGCCGCCGCUGCGCGAGCCGCGUUGCCAAUGAUCUGGGGUAUCGGGUUGUCGGGAAUGCACGUGCAGCACAAGCUGCUCGGUUACCGGUGCAUCAGCGCCAUUCACGCUCCGCUGCCCAAAGCCGCCGCUGUGGAGCUCGCGUGCGCUUUUGCAGUUCAGACUGCUAUAACGCACACGCGAUCGGUGGAGGAGAAAUACCGCGUGCACGCGGUAGCUGCGGUAAUCGCAUCAGUAGUUUAUGCAGGGGGCAAGGUGACAGGAGCCGUGUUUAACCCUGCGUUGGCCUUCUCAACACAGUUCUCCUGCAGUGGAAACUCCUUCCAGGAGUACUCUCUGGUCUACUGGCUGAGCCCGCUGCUGGGUAUGAUGAGCUCCGUGCUACUGUUUGAUAAACUCUUCCCUCUGCUGUCGAGAAAAUCACUGUCUCGAAAUCUCCCCCUGGAGGCCAAGAAGAGGACAUGAACGUUGGCGGGAAGCCAGCAAUUCAUACCCAGAGCACACGCUGCUGGUUGCAGUCACCUUAAGUUAGAAAAAGAGCAGCACUGAUAUGCACUUUUUUUAAAGACUUCAAGAGCAUCUGAGAAGCUGAGAAAACUGUGUUUCUGUAAGACAGAUCUCCAAAACAAUGCAUGCAGUUUUUUUCUUUAAGAGGUGGUUGGUCAAACCAAAACAUUUUCACUAAAAACUUUCCGUUUACUCAUCCGAUAAUUUGUUUUAGACAUUUCAACACUUUAAUUUUUUUGGAUCACCACCCUAGAGCCAAUAUGACCUCUACAACAGGACGAUCUGUUACUAGAAUAUCAACGUUUAUAACUUCCAAAAGAAGCGUUGCCUUGUACUUGCAUGACUUUUAAGCAGAUUACAGCAUGUCACUGUCAAAUACUGCAAACAAGUAUUGUUGUUUCAAUAAUAUACAUUGAGCCAAGAGUCUUUAUGUAAUAGAACAGUUUACUUAAGAUACUUCACGAACUGGAACAUUUAUGAUGGAAAGUUGAGAAUUGGACGUUCCGAGUAGGAUAAUAUUCGGACGAUACACGUUUUAGUAUAACACUUUUCUUAACAAAGUUACAAACUGCUUAACUGAGAAAUUGUAUAUUUUAAUAAUAUAUAAUUUAUGUUUAUACCUAAUAUGGCAUUCCAUAGAUAAGCAGUGUGGGAAUGUGCUGUACAGAUGUGUUUGUUUCUGCACAGAUUGAACUGGUGGCUUUGAAUUCUCUGUAAGAACUGGAAAGGCAGAAUCAACUGUGAAAUCACUUUUCUGUUGGAGUCCAUUUUGAAAAAGAGAUUUGAUUGAUUGGUUUGUUUUAGUGAAUAAAUGAUGCCCCGAGGGGCUGAACAGA